AGACUCUUAAACAUGCUCGGUGGAUUCCAGCAUUUUAACAUGAAUGUGUCUUUCUGCAGCAAAUGUGUUGGACAGCAUGUUACUGAGGAAUUCUGGGAAGGCGACAGUGGGCAGUAAGAAGGACAGCAGCACAGCACCGGUGAUUCCAGAGGAAAUGUUAUCAUGUCACUGUUACAAUCAAUGUCCUGAAGACUCCAUCAACAACACCUGCAGGACGGACGGCUACUGCUUCUCUAUGGUGGAGCAAGAGGAAGACAAAGCUCCGGUCAUCGCUUUCGGCUGUCUGUCAUCUGUGGGGUCAGAGUUUCAGUGUAGGGACACAGGAAACGCUCGUCUGAGGAGAAUCAUGGAAUGUUGCACAGCUCAGGACUACUGUAACCGAGACUUCCGUCCCACACUGCCUCCGCUCAAGAGACCCGAUCUGGACGGCAGCGUUCAUUACAUGGCUCUUCUGAUCUCUGUUUGCGUCUGCUGUUUGCUUCUGCUCUUCAUCUUUAUAUUCUUCUACUACAGAAACAAGCGUCAGGCGACACGAGCGCGGUACAGCAGGGGUCUGGAACAGGACGAGACCUUCAUUCCUGUUGGAGAAUCUCUGAGGGAUUUGAUCGAACAGUCUCAGAGUUCAGGCAGUGGUUCAGGGCUCCCUCUGCUGGUGCAGCGGACGAUCGCCAAGCAGAUCCAGAUGGUGAAGCAGAUCGGGAAGGGUCGGUACGGUGAGGUGUGGAUGGGCCGCUGGAGAGGCGAGCGAGUGGCUGUGAAGGUCUUCUUCACCACGGAGGAGGCCAGCUGGUUCAGAGAGACCGAGAUCUACCAGACCGUCCUCAUGAGACACGAGAACAUUCUGGGUUUCAUUGCGGCAGACAUUAAAGGCACGGGCUCGUGGACGCAGUUGUACCUGAUCACAGACUACCAUGAAAACGGAUCACUGUACGACUACCUCAAAUCCACCACGCUGGACACCCUAUCCCUGCUGCGGCUGGCCUACUCCGCCGUCUCGGGUCUCAGUCACCUGCACACGGAGAUCUUCGGCACGAAGGGAAAACCGGCCAUCGCACACCGAGACCUGAAGAGCAAGAACAUCCUGGUGAAGAAAAACGGCACCUGCUGCAUUGCGGAUCUGGGACUCGCCGUCAAAUUCAUCAGUGACACCAACGAAGUGGACAUCCCUCCCAACACGCGGGUCGGGACCAAACGCUACAUGGCGCCGGAGGUUCUGGACGAGAGUCUGAACCGGAGUCACUUCCAGUCGUACAUCAUGGCAGACAUGUACAGCUUCGGUCUCAUUCUGUGGGAGAUCGCGAGGAGAUGCGUGUCUGCUGGGAUUGUGGAGGAGUAUCAGUUACCGUAUCAUGAUCUGGUGCCCAGUGACCCUUCAUAUGAGGACAUGAGGGAGGUGGUCUGUAUUAAGAGACAGAGACCCUCUUUUCCCAACCGCUGGAGCAGCGAUGAGUGUCUGCGGCAGAUGGGUAAACUCAUGACAGAAUGCUGGGCGCACAAUCCCGCGUCACGUCUGACCGCACUGAGGGUAAAGAAGACGCUCUGCAAGAUGUCCGAUUCUCAGGACAUUAAACUGUGACGCAUCCGAACGUCCCGUCCACAAUGCAGAGAGAGGCGCCAACAGAUUUAUUCCUGCUUUCUGUGAAAGCUCAGACAGACAGACAGAAGCACCUGCAGGUCACACCCCGUCGCACACGAGAGUGUUUGAACUCUGGUCAUCAUUAGUCGUAAAAUAAGAUGCAAAGACUCGAUAUAUAAAAACAUCACUCCAUAAAAACUUCAAAAGCGUGUGUUUAAAACCUUCAUCAAUCCUUGAAAGAGAAAUUCUGUGUUUGGACAUUUCUUUUUUUCAUCUAAUGUUUCUUUUGAUGCCGAUUCAUUUUAAAUGAUGAUGAACUUUAUUGUUUGGCUUGUGGUCAUGUUAAACUCUCUGCCUGUUUUGUUACUUUGAGAGCCUUGCAAAAUAUGAAUGUAAAUAUUCAGUGUUGUCAGAGAAAAUGUUCACCCUAAACGUUUGUACAGGAUGUUUUGCCGAUCGAUUCAAUUUGCCUUGUGCCUUAUUUAACAUGUACACCUCUAAUAUUUGAUAGUUUAUGUAAAUGGAGUGAAAUAAAUGUAUGUAUGCGUCUAACAUUCCACAUUUAAUAAAGUGGAUUAAAUUCUAGUGGAUGGUCUCUGCCGUUUCAUUCGGUAUAUUGAAAGUUUAAAUGAAGAGCUAAACUGGAUUCACUAAAUUAUAAAUUCAUAAGAAUGUUCUUAGGUGAAAUUCUUAAAAUUUCUUUAGAGGUUUAAAAAAAUUUAUGAUUUAAGACUAUCAGUAUUUAUUUUGAUUAGCUGGUAAAUCCAAUGAACAUUAUUGACAGACAUUUUACAGUUUUACAGAAAUAAAUAUUGAAGCAUAACACAGG